ACCGCCCAAGUCGCGACCUGCGAGCGCCCACCCACCGCGCACCGCACAAUGGCCUCGCUCGCGCGCCCCCCGCCGCCCCAAGGCCUGCCCGCAAAGGUGCACCAGACUGCGCCCAACAGAACCCUCUACGUCCGCAACCUGCCCGACAAGCUCCCCAAGGAGGACCUCAAGCGCAACCUGUACAUGCUGUUCGCCACGUACGGCGUCAUCCUCGACGUCGUCGCUCUCAAGACGCCCAAGAUGCGCGGCCAGGCGCACGUCGUCUUCCGCGACAUCGACUCGUCGACGCAGGCCAUGCGCGCGCUCGAGGGCGCCGCCUUCUUCGGCAAGGACAUGCACAUCGCCUACGCCAAGACCAAGUCCGACACCAUUGCGAAGCUCGACGGCACCUUCAAGAUGCCUGAGCCCGACCUGCCCGAGAAGCAGCUCGAGACGACCGAGCAGACGGGCGUGGCCGCCACGGUCUUUGGCAGCGCGCCUGCCAAAGCAGUCCCGGUCAACGAGCAAGAGCGGGCGAAGGGGACGAAGCGCGGGCGGGAAGAGGAGGAGAAGAGCGAGAGCGAGGACGACGACGAGGAGAUGCAGAUGUCGGAGAGCGACGAGGAGUAACUGGAUGGAUGCAACACGAUACGAUACCCAUACGGAAAGAGGUUCAGCGUUACGGAAUGAAUCGAGGAUGCAUGUUCCAUCGCCGUCUGUGGCCUCUGGCGCCAAAGUGGGUAUGUGGCUGACUCUUACCAGGGUUUCGGGUGCGGCUGCAGGUCUUCGAGAAGAUGUCCUGAGGCUCGCGGGCCUUCGCGAUUGGCUCUUUCGCACCGCACCUUCUGCUACAUAAAAUGGACCUGGGAGCCAGAUCUUCGCUGCC